AUUCACGACGCUCAACACCAUCAACCACCACAAUGGCGUCCAACUACACCUGCAGGGCAUGCUCACGAGCGUUCUCAAGAGCGAGCUCUUCUUGGCUACAGUCGAGCAACAAGACAACUCUGCGCCGCGCGCAACGAAACUUCUCUACAACCGCGCCGAGCCUAUAUCACGCAUCGCACGGCCUCAACGCAGACGUCAGACCGGAAGCCAUCAAGAAGCCGUAUCCCAAUGUCAAGUCUGGCGUGUCUGGACUCGCGCAGAAGCUGCGUGAGAAGGCACCGUUGAUGACAGAGCCUUACGUUGCAUAUGGCGCCACACGAGAGCUGAUCAAGGAAUGCUCAAGACCAGGAGAAUACAAGAUUCCCCAGGCACAGCAAAAGGGCGCCGAGAUCCCUACUAUCGAGAAUGGUGUGCACCUCGGGGAAGGUGAGGGGUGGUGGUACGAGACUCUCGGUCUCAAGCCCACUUUUGCCAAUUGGACGCAAAUCACCUUCAUCCACAUGUAUAUGCUGCAAGUACGCUUUCGGAUGCUGCCAGAAUCGCACGCCAGCACAUGGAUCCAGCAUCUGACGAAUCACGCCUUCUAUGCCGCUGAAGACCGACUCGUCGUGUGGCACAAGUUCAAUGCCAACUCUCUUCGACAGAAGCACCUCAAAGACAUGUUCUCGCAGUGGCGUGCUGUCCUCCUCUCGUACGAUGAGGGCCUUAUGAAGGGCGAUGCCAUGCUGGCAGCUGCCGUCUGGAGAAAUUUGAUGGGCUCUGAGGAGGACGUCGACUUCCAGAAGCUCGCUCAGAUUGUAGGAUACAUGAGGAGGGAGCUGAAGAGGCUGGAGAAUGCAAGCGACGAUGAGGUCGUCAAUGGACUCUGGAAGUUCAAGGGCGACCCAGGUGAAGAGGUCAGUCUCGUGAAGCAGUCAAGCAAGAUGAUGCAGGAGAACACCAAGGCUUAGAUGUGUGACGCAGUCACUCACCUGCACUGUUUCCACGUCCCCCGUUGUACCAAAGCGCGCUGUAUACUAUGUACUCCAACUGUAUAGAAGACCCACCACGAAUAAGUCAGGGCAACUGAAAGCAUCACUACAACCCAUAAUUGC